CAGCAAAAUGGCCUUCAAGUUUGUUUUCGCACUCGCUUUCGUCGCCGUCGCCAGCGCUGGUUAUGUGCCCGAGGCCUAUCACGCAGCUGCUCCAGUUGCCACCUAUGGUGCCCCCGUAGCUGUGGCCCACAAGGUGGUGGUCAAGUCCGACGAGACCUAUGAUCCCCAUCCCCAGUACCGUUUCUCCUACGGAGUCGAUGACAAGCUGACCGGUGACUCCAAGGGUCAGGUGGAGGAGCGCGAUGGUGAUGUGGUCCGUGGCGAGUACUCGCUGAUCGAUGCCGAUGGUUACAAGCGCACCGUCCAGUACACCGCCGAUCCCAUCAACGGUUUCAACGCUGUGGUUAACCGUGAACCCCUAAGCGUUGUGAAGACCAUUGCCGCCGCUCCCGUUGCCCACUAUGCCGCCCCAGCUGUUGUCAAGACUGUGGCUCCAGUUGCCCACUAUGCUGCCCCAGCUGUCCACUAUGCUGCCCCUGCAGUUCACUAUGCUGCCCCCGCUGUUGUCAAGACCGUUGCUCCAGUUGCCCACUACGCAGCUCCAGCUCCAGUUGCUCACUAUGCUGCCCCUGCAGUGGUGAAGACUGUCGCCCCGGCUUACUCUACCUAUGCCGCCCCAGCUGCCCACUAUGCUGCUCCAGCUGCUCACUACGCCACUUACUCCGCUCCGUCUGUUGCAUCCUGCUUGCUGCAGUUCGUCGCACUCGUCUCCCUCAUUGCUGCCGUCUCGGCUGGCCUUAUUCCUGUGGAACACCAUGAGCAGCCCCAGCUUUAUCAAGCUGCAGUGCCCCAGCAGCAGGCACAUGUGAUCUACCAGAAGCCUCACGACAUCCACGGACACGCCCACGCCCAUGAGGUGUAUCCUGAUGAUCCCCAUCCCAAGUACAAUUUUGCCUAUGAUGUGCAGGAUGCCAUCUCUGGUGACUCCAAGAGCCAGGUGGAGUCCCGUGACGGCGAUGUGGUCCAAGGCGAGUACUCCCUGGACGAUGCUGAUGGUUUCCGUCGCACCGUGAAGUACACAGCUGACUCAGUCAACGGUUUCAAUGCCGUCGUACAUCGCGAGCCCCUCACCCACACACACCACAAGCUGGUUGCUGCUGCUCCAGUCGCACCUGUGCAGUACCACCAUGCGGCACCGACAUCUGUGCUGAAGACACCCGUCUCCUAUUCUGCUCCUGCCUAUGUUGCGCCCUAUGCGGCCCCGGCACACACCUACAACCCGCUGGCAGAUUUUGAGUACUGCGUACUCGUGUGCGAUGGUGAGGUAGAUCUGAGUCCGGAACCUCGACGCUUCAUCCGACAACAUAAGCUUUCAGUCCUCAAGUCGCACACCAAGCUCUUCAAAAUGGCAUUCAAGUUUAUCGCAUUCUUCGCCCUCAUCGCUGCCGCUAGUGCCGGUCUCCUGCCCGCCGCUCCGGUCUACCAUGCCGGACCCGCUGUGGCCCACUACGCAGCACCCGCUCCGGUCUACCAUGCCGCACCCGCUGUGGCCCACUACGCCGCACCGGCUGCCGUCGCCCAGCAUGUGAUCACCAAGGCUGCCGAGGAAUACGAUCCUCAUCCCCAGUACAAGUUCGCCUACGAUGUGCAGGAUUCCCUCUCUGGUGACUCCAAGAGCCAGGUGGAAGAGCGCGAUGGUGAUGUGGUCCGUGGCGAGUACUCGCUGAUCGAUGCCGAUGGUUACAAGCGCACCGUCCAGUACACCGCCGAUCCCAUCAACGGUUUCAACGCUGUGGUCAACCGUGAACCUCUCGUCAAGGCCGUUGCCGCCGCUCCCGUUGCCCAUUAUGCCGCCCCAGCUGUGGCUCACUAUGCUGCCCCCGCUGUGGUAAAGACUGUGGCUCCAGUUGCCCACUAUGCCGCACCUGCUCCACACUAUGCCACAUAUGCAGCACCAGCUGUUGUGAAGACCGUUGCUCCGGCUUACACCACCUAUGCCGCCCAUCACUAAAAAAUGCCAUUUUGUUAUAUGUGUUGACUGAAACUGAUUGCAAUUCACCUUGCCAAUUUUAAAUAAAUUUUAAUUCGUUUACCUUUA